AUGAACUUCCCAGGUCUCGGAGGGCUAGGCGGCGGCGGCGGCGGCGGUGUGGGCGCCGGCCCCGGCGUCCCGGGCAUCCCGAGGGUGGGCGGGAACGCGGGGGCGCCUGCUCCCCCCGGGUUUGACCCCAACGAUCCUAAUGUUAAAUGGCUCUCGAAUGCGAUGGAAUCGUGCUACGCGAAGACGGCGAUGAGUGGUGUUGCGGGGUUUGCGCUGGGUGGGUUAUUCGGCUUGUUUAUGGCUUCGAUGGCCUACGACACGCCCUACCACACAGCGGGGGCGGGGAUGCCCGGCGCCCCCGGCGUGCCCGGCAUCCCCGGGUCGGCUGCGGCGGGCAAGCCGUUCACGUCGCUGCCGCUGCGGCAGCAGGUGGCGCACGGGUUCAAGGACAUGGGCGCGCGCUCGUGGAGCACGGCCAAGAACUUUGGCGCCGUCGGCGCCCUCUUCAGCGGCAUCGAGUGCGGCAUCGAGGGGCUGCGCGCUAAGAACGAUCUGGGCAAUGGCGUCGCCGCUGGGUGUCUGACCGGUGCGAUCCUGGCUCGUAAUGGGGGGCCGCAGGCCUCGGCGGUGGGCUGUGCGGGAUUUGCGGCGUUUAGUGCUGCGAUUGAUGCGUGGAUGCGGAUGCCGAAGGAUGAGGAUUAA